AUGGUCUUCCUCAAUGUCUCCGAAGAUGCAAGCAUUGGUUCUGUGAUUAUAAAUCUCAGUCCGGCCAGGUUUCAGUUAGCCUCCUAUGAACUGGUUUACCCGGAGACGGAUGUCACCCCACUCAGCGUGGGCAAAGAGAGUGGAGAUGUCGUGAUAGCCAGGCGCCUGGACAGGGAGACCGAACCGUUCGUGGAAAUCACUGUUAGAAUACAAGAUCAACGAGGCAGCAGGGUUUCAUUGUUUUAUUGUUUUUUGUCUAUUUACAGGCCUGACUGGUACCUGACCAAGGUGAAGCUGAGGGUGACAGAUGUCAACGACAACGUCCCUGAGUGGACCAUGCAGCCAUACCCCUACCUGGCCGUGGUCUCUCCUGAGGCCCCCCCCGGGUCACUAGUGUACCAGCUUCAUGCCUUCGACAGGGACGAUGGCAGCAGUGGCGAAGUGGAAUACUUUCUGUCCGACGGUGGUGAUGGCUGCUUUAUGGUGGAUAAGAAGAGCGGUCGCAUCCUGUCCACGGAUCUCCCUCGGCAGAUGGCCAGAGAGUACCUGCUCAGCGUCGUGGCGUUUGACCGCCUGGGCAGCCGCAGCGCUCCGGCCGUGGUGUCGGUCAUAGCCGGACCCAGACCGCCACAAUUCACCAACGUGUCCUACUCCGUCUCCAUACCUGAGAACACGCCAGAGGGACAGCCCUUCCUGGUCGUGUUGGCCAUCUCCUUUCAACAGCAACCAAUCAGCUACAGCCUGCUGAUCAACCCAAGCAGCCUGUUCAGCAUAGAGCCGGAGACCGGGGAGGUCAUCCUGACCCGCACGCUGGACUACGAGAGUGACCAGCGGCGCUACCUCCUCAUGGUCAGAGCCAGUGAGGGACCAGGUGGCCUCAGCAGCGCCAUAGAGGUCCAGGUGGUAAUAACGGAUGAGAACGACUGUGUCCCAGAAUUUCUCCAGUCCAUUUACAGUGUUGAUGGAGUCCCUGAGACAGUCACCACUGCAACCUCUCUUCUGCAGGUUUUGGCCACGGACUGUGACUCGGGGCUGAAUGCAGAGCUCACCUACCACACUCUGAGCUCAGACUUCAGCGUUUCCCCCCACGGCACGGUCUUUCCGGCGCGUCGCCUGGACUACGAGCGGCCCAACCACCUGUAUGAGUUUGUGGUGAUGGCGGUGGACGGCGGGGAGGAGCCUCACUCUGGCACCGCCACCGUACGUCUGCGCAUGGCCAACGUCAACGAUCAGGCCCCCGAGUUCUCCCAGGCUGUCUAUCGAACGUUUGUCUCAGAGGAUGCUGGACCCAACACACUCGUUGCUACUGUACUGGCUAAGGACCCAGAUGGCGAUGGAAUAGUGUACUCAAUUACAGCUGGCAACGAGGAGGGCAACUUUGCCAUUGACAGCCAGAAAGGGUUGAUCCGGCUUCGUUCCGCCCCCCCUCCCGUGCUCCGGGGCCUGGAGUAUGUCCUCAAUGUGACAGCCACAGACGACAAUGCCUCCGGGGGGCCACAGCCGCUCCACGCCACCGCCCAGGUCAUAGUGGGCGUGGACGAUGUCAACAACAACAAACCCGUCUUUGAGGAGUGUCAGCAGUACAGGGAGCAGGCGUCCGUGGUGGAGAACCAGCCCCCGGGGACUUUUGUGCUACAGGUGCACGCUGUUGAUGCAGAUGAGGGGGCCAAUGGGAAGGUCAAAUAUGGCCUCAUGCAUCGAGACAGCGCCUUGCCUGCCUUUAGAGUCCAUCCAGACACAGGUGUGAUUGUAACGGCGCGGCGGUUCGACCGGGAGCGUCAGAGAGAGUACUCCAUCACGGUGACAGCUACAGACAGGGCAGAGGAACCUCUCAUAGGAAUCUGUCAACUCAACGUCCUCAUCCUGGACCAGAAUGACAACAGCCCCAAGUUUGAAAACAUGCUCUAUGAAUACUUCCUGAGAGAGGACACCAUGAUCGGCACCAGCUUCCUGCGAGUGGCGGCUCACGAUGAUGACUUUGGGUCUAAUGCCGCUGUGACCUACUCCAUGUCCAGGGAGCAGCCAGAGUACCUGAGGGUCAACCCUGUUACUGGUUGGGUGUACGUUAACCAGCCCAUAUCACAGAGGUCCAACAUCAAACGGGAGAUAGUUGCCACGGACGGGGGAAACCGCAGCUCGUCGGUGGAGCUGUCUGUAACCAUUACCAACGUGAAGAACCAGCCCCCACAGUGGGGGCAGGACAGUUACAGUGUGGUCAUCCCAGAGAACACAGCCAGGGACACUCCCAUCAUAACGAUCAAAGCAAACUCACUGCUAGGCGAUCCCAGGGUUACCUAUAAUCUGGAGGAGGGCAUGGUCCCGGAGACAAACAUGCCCGUGCGCUUCUACCUGACGCCCAAUCGGGAGGACGGUUCGGCCUCCAUACUGGUGUCGGAGCCGCUGGACUACGAGACCACGGCCAGUUUCACCCUGAGGGUGCGGGCGCAGAACGUAGCAGCAGUACCUCUGGCUGCUUUCACAAGCGUCUGUGUCAACCUCACAGAUGUAAACGACAAUGUUCCUUUCUUCACCUCCUCCAUCUACGAGGCAUCAGUGAUGGAGGGAGCCCAGGUGGGGACCGUGGUCCUCCAGGUGUCUGCCCAUGACAAAGACCUGAGUCUGAACGGCCAGAUCGCCUACUCCCUGUUGAGUGACAGUAGCGGAGACCAUCGUCUGUUCCGCAUGGACCCAGAACUGGGCAUUAUUUAUACGGACGCCGUGUUUGACCGCGAGGCGCAGGGGUCCUAUCUACUGGAGGUGCAGUCUGAGGACGGCACGGAGUCGGCACGGCCUGGGAGGAACAGACAGCCCAACUCUGACACAGCAUAUGUGCGGGUUUUCAUCAGUGACGUGAACGAUAACAAACCCGUCUUUGCUCAGCGCCUCUAUGAAGUUGGCGUUGACGAGGACGCAGAUGUCGGCAUGGCUGUUGUCACCGUUGGUGCUAAUGAUGAAGAUGAAGGUGCUAACGCCAAACUGCGCUACCAGAUCACGUCAGGAAACACUGGAGGCGUGUUUGACAUGGAGCCUGAGGUCGGAACGCUCUUCAUCGCCCAGCCCCUUGACUACGAGCAGCAGAAGAGGCACAAGCUGCUGGUGCUAGCGUCGGACGGAAAAUGGGAGGACUACGCCGCAGUUGUCGUCAACGUGGUCAACAAGAACGAUGAGCCGCCCGUCUUUUCCAUGAACGAAUACUAUGGCUCAGUGACAGAAGAGCUGGAUGGCUCACCGGUCUUUGUGCUCCAGGUGACAGCCACGGACCCAGACAAGGACGCUGACCAGGCUGCCAUGCGAUACUCUCUCCACGGUCAGGGGGCGGAGUCAAACUUUGUGAUUAACGAGAUCACAGGGGAAAUGUACGCCCAGAAGACCCUGGACCGGGAGGAGCGUGCGCUGUGGCGCUUCGUGGUACUGGCCACGGACGAGGGAGGGGACGGCCUCACUGGAUUCACUGACGUUGUCAUCAAUGUGUGGGACAUCAAUGACAACGCGCCCACCUUUGCCUGCCCGCCAGACGGUUGCCACGGCAGUGUGGCAGAGAACUCCGCCCUGGGAACCUUCGUCAUGGAGAUGACCGCGGUGGACCUUGACGAUGCGGCGGUGGGUCAGAACGCCAUUGUCACCUACCGGAUCAUGGCCGACAGCCGGGCCGCUGACCUCUUUGCCAUCGACGCCAACACAGGCACCAUCUCCGUGGCGAUCGAUGGCCUGGACCGGGAGGUGGCGGAGCGACACCACGUCGUGGUGGAAGCCACGGACGGCGGCGGACUGGCGGGUACAGCUACCGCGACUAUCCUCGUCACUGACCUGAACGACCACGCCCCGCGGUUCAGAGACGAGUGGUGUGGGGCCCGUGUUCCUGAGAGUAGCCCACCAGACUCAACCGUGUUGGAGCUUGGUGCCGUGGACCCCGACUCAGGCCCUCAUGGCCUACUGGGCUUCAGCGUGGUGGCGGGGGACCAGGGAGACAGGUUCUAUAUGGUCAGCCAUAAAGCAGAGCAGUCUGGGACUCUGAAGCUGAGGAAGAGGCUGGACUACGAGAGGCCCGGCGAGCAGCGCUUCAACCUUACCAUUCAAGUGGACGACUCGGAAUUCGCCAGCCUCAUCCACUGCAUCAUACAGGUGGUGGAUGAGAACGAUCACGUCCCCGUGUUUGCCCCCACGUCCUACCCUCUCGCCCCUCUGCCGGAAGACGUCGCCGUGGGAACCAACAUUACCCAGGUGAUGGCCAGCGACUCGGACUCGGACCUGAACGGGGACAUCGUCUACAGCAUCUCCCCUGAGUCGGACCCUUACGGUCAUUUCGCGGUCGACCGUGGCGGGGUCGUGACCGUGGCCCGCACGCUGGACCGAGAAACCAUUUCUGAGUACCAGCUUGUUGUUAUGGCAACAGACCGCGGGACGCCGCCGUUGACCGGGAGUGCCACCGUCCAACUGAGCCUGCUGGAUGUGAAUGACAAUGGACCGGAGCUGGAGGUGACUUACAGCCCGUUCCUUUGGGAGAACGGCCCCGCUCCACAGGUAGUGUGGCUGAACAGGACCUCUACUCUGCUCCACGUUAUCGACCGGGACUCCCCCGAGAACGGGCCUCCAUUCUCCCUCUCCCUCCCCCGCCUCUACACUCCCAACUUCCACCUGCAGGACCAUGGCAAUGGCACGGCAACGCUCACCGCGCUGCGUCGCUUUGACCGCGAGCGCCAGAGGCAUUUCCUCCUGCCUGUGGUCAUGUCAGACAGCGGACACCCACCACUGACGGUCACCAACGUGCUGACCAUCGUCAUAGGCGACCAGAACGACAACGCCCACCAGGAGGGACAGAAGGAGAUCUACGUUUACAGCCGAAGAGGAAGGAUGCAGACAACUCUACUGGGCAAGAUCUAUGCCCCAGAUCCUGAUGACUGGGACAACAAGACCUACACCUUGGACUCACAAGGAAUGAGGUAUUUUGCUCUGGACAAGAGCACAGGCGACCUGGCCAUCAGACAGAACACCCUGGAAGGAAGCUACUCUCUCAGAGUGGCCGUGUCGGAUGGGGUGUGGCCAGACGUGGUGUCUGGAGUCACAGUUCACGUCCGCGAGUUGGAGGACAGGGCCAUACACUCCUCAGCCUCUCUGCGUCUCACAGGCAUCACUGCCAGGGAGUUUAUUCAGUCUCCAGUGGAUGAGAGGAGUCGACAGGAUAUGUUCCGGGGCUUCCUGUCUGAACACCUGUCCAUUAGAUCAGGCGCCAUCAAUAUCUUCAGCCUGACAGAUGUAACACCAAAGACGCUGGACGUGCGCUUCUCUGUGCAUAGCGAUGGCUAUAUGCGCCCUGAGAAAGUAAAUGGAUACCUGGCGGCACAUAAAAAGAAGCUGCAGUCUGUGCUGCGGGCCAACGUUUCCCAGGUGCUGCUGGAUGACUGUGUGUACACGGACUGCAGGGCGGAUGGUGGCUGCUCCACACACCUUAGCGUUAGCGACACGCCCACUCUGGUGGACGCUGGGAAGGCGGCCCUGGUGUCCGUGACGGUCACGUCCUCUGCCGUGUGUGGCUGCUCCGGCAGAGACCGUGUCCACCAGGAGUGCUCGUCAUACCCCACCAACCCCUGCUUCAAUGGAGGCACCUGUGUGGAUACCCUCAGUGGGUACAGAUGCAAGUGCCAACCACAGCACGAAGGUCCUGAGUGCCAGCAGACUAGACGAAGUUUCCUUGGCAACGGCUAUGCCUGGUUUCCUCCCAUAAGGCCAUGCUUUAAUAGUCAUCUUUCCUUGGAGUUCAUCACCGAGGCUGAGGAUGGCCUGCUGCUCUACAGCGGCCCACUGACCACCUUGCUGCCCGGAGAGCCAGAGGACUACAUGGCCCUUGAGCUGAUUGGUGGAACACCAAGCCUGAAAAUCAACCAUGGUUCUGGAACCCUCGUCUUGCAGCUCCCUGGCAACGUGGUUGUGUCAGACCGACGUUGGCACCGACUGGAUGUCAGGAGUAAUGGCUGGGAAGUCCGGUUAACCUUGGACCGCUGCUCCAGUGCCAUCGUUAUGGAGACGGAAGGCGUGGACAGUUGGGCCAUGACAGAGGACCGAUCCUCCUGUGAGGUCAGAGGAUUCACACCCAAUAGGGACAGGUACCUGAAUGGGAGUCAGGUGUUGCAGCUGGGCGGAGUCAACGAGAACAUGUCCUAUGAGUAUCCACAGCUACAGCAUAAGCACUUCACUGGCUGCCUGCGUAACCUCGUUGUGGACAGUAAGCUCUACGACCUUGGUUCUCCCUCGGAGUCCUCCAGCAGUGCCCCAGGCUGCUCUCUGACUGACGGUAACUGUGUGAACAUGGGUGUACCCUCCUGUGGCACCAGAGGGCGCUGUAACGGGCAGUGGGACUCCUUCACCUGCCAGUGCAUGCUCGGGUACACUGGGAUCCAUUGUGAAGAUGAAGUCCCAGAGUUGUCCUUCGAUCCAAGGAGUCAUGUCCAGUACCAGCUGGGCUGGUCACUCCCUGCCCAUCACACCAGCGUGCAGAUCCAGGUUCGAACCAAUGCCCCCAGCGGCGUCCUCCUUGGCCUCCUCUCUCAAGAACAGAAUGAAUACUUACGCCUGGAGGUGUAUCAGGGGCAACUGGCUGUGUUUUACAACAUGGGUGACGGACCGUACAACCUUACGCUGCCUUUCCAUCGCCUUGACAAUGGAGAAUGGCAUGAUGUGGAGCUGGAUCGCCAUGGCAAAGAGUUUACCCUUCGAUUGGACGGUGGUGGUGGGAGGCGUGAAGUCACAGCUGCUCCUGGGCGAAGUCAAGAGAUUGUCAUUGACCAAUCCGUGGUGAUGCUAGGAAACACGUUCCCUUCAGGACACAACCGCAGCUUCCUAGGUUGUCUGCGGGACCUGAGGCUGAACGGACGGCCCAUGCCCAUGGCCAAUCAGCCUUCUGUGUGGUCCCAAGGACUCCAGGUGGUCACAUCCUUUGGGGUCUCCCCAGGCUGCCCGUCAGAUGCCUGCAGGAAACACCAGUGCUCUCCCCCCUUCAUCUGUGUGGACCUCUGGAGGAAACACCAGUGCAGGUGCCCCCCCGGUCACAUAACGAAGGAGAACGCGUCAGGCAAACUGUGUGUCUACACGCUGUGUGCGAGCAGACCGUGUCACCAUGGCACCUGCGUGGCCCACUCCCCUGCCAAGUACUCGUGUAACUGUCUGGAGGGCUACCGCGGCCGCCACUGUGAGGUCACGCUGGCGCUGUACCACAACGAUGACGAGAACACUCUGAGCCUCAGCUCUGCGUUCGCUAUUAGUAUCUGUGUCCUGGCGUUUCUAGUGCUAAUGCUGGGCCUCUUCCUUUACUCCUGCUGGAGGAAACACAAAGGCCUGAAGGAGGGAGUACACCACGUGUCAGCGCACCAUGGAGAAUGGGAGGACAUCCGGGAGAACGUGCUCAACUACGAUGAGGAGGGCGGUGGGGAGCAAGACCAGAAUGCCUUCAACAUGGUGGAAUUACAGAGGUCUCUGCAGCCCAGCCCAGCUCAAUCAUUGAGGUACAGCUACCCACAAUGCAUCAUCUCUUACCCUCAGACGGCCAAGCCUCCGGACACCAAGAAUGGGACCAAACCAAAAGGACCAAACAUAUUCAAAAACGGCAGCCCAGCGAUCGCUCUGCGCCUGGCCAAUCCUCCGUCCGAAUCAACCACCCUCCCCUCCCCCCUUGCUGUGCGGCGUUCCCAGAAGUCCCUGUCCUUCUCCAGCCAGGACCUGGCACGCUACCUGUGCGAGGUCAUCAGGGACAUGGACCACCUCUCGGGGGACAAUCCUGGCUACAUGACUUCACCAGUUCCCCGGGGCAACAGGGGGCAGCGUGGUGGGCUGACCGUGCGCUCACUCAGCUCCCUCAGCCCUCGGGGUCAGGGGUCAGAGGAUGGGUGUCAGGAGGGUUUGAGAGCCGAAAGCCCACGGCUGGGGAGGCUCAAAGCGUUGCAAGCGGUUGGCAGUGAGCUGAGAGUGGACUUUGCUGUGAACUCUGCUGCCACCAAGAGCAUAGAGGGACAAAAGGACAAAGUGAAUUAGUGCUAUAACAGGGGGCAGCCCUGUAUCUACGAGGCAUGUCCAACUGAAAUAAGAGCAAACUCAACUCAGUAUACAGAAGAUUGGACUAAACAAGUUCAAGGACAUUAAGGAGAGGACAUACCACAGCAUCAUCCUGAACUUAUUUAAUGUUUAAUAUUGACUGAUUCAGUGAUGUUGGAGAAUAAGUAUUUAAGACAUUUACAUAUUUACAUUUCUCAUUUGGGAAAGAAAAUAUACUUUCUUUGACCAGAAAAGUAUAAUCAUUUUCUUGACAAUGUCUUGUAUAUACCCCUUAUGGCAAGUACAAGUUGACCCUCCGUUAACACCAAAAUUGAAUUAAUUUAAUAAAAGAAAAACACAAAAAAACGUAUGUAAAUUAUGGUCAAUUUAUUCCAAAGUUUAGAAAGGGUACAUUUUAAAUUGUUGUUCUUUAUCAUAAUGCUGUUUUUGGGCUGUAAACAUAAA